AUGGUGCUAUUGCUGGUGGUGCUGAGCGCAGGUACCGGGCUGGCUGGCGGUGCUGGGCUCAACAUCGACCUGACAGCAGCAGCGGCGGGCGGGCACGAUCCGGCGGCACUGGGAGCGUCUGCGGCGGUGGUAGGGCAGUCUCGCGACAGGCUGCUGGUCUCGGUCAUGCACCCACAAGUGCCGCUGGAUGCGGGUAGCCCAGAUGUGGUCAAAGAGCGACUUGAGGCGGCCCGGAAGGCACUGGCGAGCGGAGGGUCUGACCAGGCCGCGACGGUCGUUGCUGACCUCGCCGAACUUGUGGCGGACGAGGACGGCGAGGCGAUGCGGGUGAGCGCGCAUGCGCUAGCGACGGUGCAGCCUCCACGUAUGGGUGAGGCGCUAGAGUUGCUUGCGGCUUGCCCAGCUCCCGAGUGCGCGUUGACUCGCGGAGUUUGGCUCGCGGCGGCGGGCGAGACGACGCUUGCGUUGGAUGCACUGCUUGCGGCAGUGGCAAUGGGUAAGGAAGCCGGGCGCGAGCUUGCAGACGCGCAUUACGCCAUGGGCAUGGUGCUUGCCGGGGCUGGGCGGCUGGGCAAGGCGCGCGAGGCGCUGGCGGCAGCACUUGCCGUGGACGCAAACCAUUUCUUGGCGCUGAUGGAAUCGGCGCACCGUGAGGAGGACCCGGAGCGGGCGUUUGGGCUGUAUAUGCGGGCGGCCGAGGCCGAUGCAACAAUGAUCGAACCGCUUCUGGGCGUAGCCGAGCUGAUGAUCAACGGCUCGGCGUACAGCUCUGCGCUGGUGUACUACACUCGGGCUCUGAUGCUCGAUGCGUCGUCAGCGCCGGCCCUGGCUGGCAUGGCGAGUGUGUACCUGCGAUUGGGACGGCCGCACCACGCGCUGGCAGUGCUGUCGACUGAGUACGUGCCGGAGCAUCCGUCGCUCGAGUACUUGCGCGGCCUUGCUCACUUUGAGGCUGGCAACAUCGCAGGCGCGGCGGCGUCGUUCCUGGAAGUAACCAAAGCCAACGCAACCCACGGCGGGGCGUGGGCGUCGGCGGCGCGCUCGCUGCUGGAGCUGGGCAUGCUGGAUGAAGCCAAGGCGGCAGUCUCCAUGGCGCACCGCCUGCUGUCGGGCUCCAAGCUUGUGCGGAUGCUGGUUGCCGACAUCUCGAUUGCGAGCCGGGCGCCUCCGGCGUUUGCGGAGCAGGUUGUUCUCGACAUGCUGGCCCGCAACAACUCGCGCGCUGCGCUCGGCAUGGUUCGUGCACGCGCCGAGAGUGACAAUCCGCUACCUCACCAUUUCGAGCCUGUGCUGACAGCUCUGGCUUCGGGCUCUUUGCCGGGCAUCUGCGAGCUGACCAGCAGGGACGACGGAAGUCUCACUGGUCUGGAAGCACUCGCAAGCGCACGGCUGCUGGCACCACCGCGCGGCGCAGGCAAGGAAUCAAAGCUGCCGAGUCGGUCGUCGUCGGCACUUGCCCGUGCGGCGUGGCGGUACCUUGUGGAUGGCUUGGCGUACACGCGCGCGGUGGCCGUGCUCGACGCUGCGCCUCCUAGCAAGGACGAUGUGAGCGUGACGCGCGGAAAGGCGCUGGCAUCGUGGCUGGCGCGUGCGAGCUUGGUCGGACAAACCGUGCUUGGGCCGGGACUGGCGGUUGCCGAGGUGAGCCGCGAGUGGCAGACGUACCUGCUGGCACAAUGGGGCGUUUCUAGCGGGCGGAUGGAACUGCUGCCGCGGGCAGCCGGGGAUGUGCGGACCCGGAUUGGCCUGCUGGUGACCCGUAGUGCGUUUGGUGGGCUUGACCGGGUCGGCAGCACUAAUCCGCUGGAAGCGCUUGUGCUUGCGCUGCGGAGCGUGAACGAGAAUGUCGAGGCGUACGUGUACCUUGCCGAUGCCGAGCCCAUGGCACGGGCAGCCGGCGAGGCAGCGGCGGCGGGACUUCGCAAUGAGUCGCGGAUCGCUGUUGCCGAUCUGCACCAGGUCGCAGCGCCUGUGGCACUCCGGCGGCUUCGCGGGGAUUCUUUGGACCUGCUUGUGGACCUGUCGCGAUCGUGCGAGCCUGCACUGGGCGGGCUCGGGCCGAUUAUGGCGGCGAGACCAGCUCUGAGCACGGCGCGGCUGUUUGGGGCGUCGGGCUGUAUUCCGACGACUAGGCCGCCGAUCGGGUUGCGGGCGGCGGAGGGCGAUGACCUUGCCGACGUGGCGUCGGCUUGGGCUCCGCCGGUGGACAUCAGUCUGCGGCAAUCCGUGCAGGCAUCGAUGGGCUGGGAUAGUGCAGACGGAAAGGUUGUGGGCACGUUUGGCGCGCUCUCGUCUGAUGUCGACGCUUGGCUGAGGAAGCCGUCGCGAAUCAACCGGGUUGUGGUGGGUGUAGGCGCCGGCGAGGCGAACCUGCACGAUCGGUGCACGGCGGCCAAGGUGAGCUGCGCAUCGAUGGAUGCGCACGCGGAGCUUGUUGCCGGGCUGGACGAAUACGCGGCGCUUCUCUCUUCGCACACGACGCUGGCGCAGCUCGAGUGGGUAGUCCUUGCGCUGCGGUCCGGGGUGGAGGUGACGGUGGUUCGACUCGACAGCAACAUGUCUGAAGCGGGGCGGCGGAUCCAGCGGGUGGUGAAGCGGUAUCAAGCAAGCGGCGGCCGCGUGGGCGCCAACCCGAUGGCUGCAUCCGUCGCCAUUGUGAAUGCGGCCAAGUAAGUAAAUGCCAUGCCG